AUGUGUCUGGAUAUGAGCAUUGCCGAAGCCCAUCCUUACAGGUGUACAGCAAAUGGUACUUCUGCCAUGGCGCCAACAUAUACGCAACACUCACUACCAAGCCCCGAUAUCUGCCGCUCGGCUCCGGAGCGUGUACAUGUAGAGCUUGCGCACGCAACGCAGCGUAUGGAAACAGACACUGAUCCCGCCGAGGCGGGCCACCAAGAGCUUCGCCUCCUUGUGGAUGAUGUUAUUGAAUCGUCCAAAGUACCCGCCAAAACACGCGCGACUAGUAUCAAACCCACCAUCACCAAUCUCACCUCACUGUCUUAUGAAUGGGGUCUUUUGCCAGAGACUCUAGACAGUCUCGUCAACCUUGUCACAACACCAAACUAUCUGGAUCAAGCAAGUCAGGCUGCUAUCAUUAGAAACCUUUACCCCGCCGAGGCCGUGUCUCGAGAUUCUGUGCUUCGAGUCGUCUCUUGUCUUGGUCACGGAACUCUCAAGCCAUCUCUGACACUCCAGGCGGCUCUCAUCAAAUGGCUUAUUACCGUUCACCAUACUUUGGAAUCACCACAGGUGCUUUCUCAGGCUUAUCCCGUUCUUUUCAAUCUCCUCGAUACCGCAGCCACCCGUCCUAAUCUGAGCCAUCUUCUUGCUCUCAUCACAAGGCGUAAGCACGUACGUCCUUUUCGAAUUCAAGCAUUACUCAAUCUCUCAAGACAAACAGGGAACGAUCCUUCUUUGAUCGGUCUUUUAAAAGUCUUCAAAGACUAUUACCCUGAGGUUAUUGUAGGAGAAGCCGUUCGCGGUAAAGCAUCUUCUUUCAAGCACCCUGAUCCACAAUGGCGAGAUAGGUUAGACGAGAUCCAGGAGGCACAUUUCUACAAAUCCCAGGAAGGUGUAUUGAGACCAAGAGAUGGUUUUCGUGUAUAUCGUCCUAUUGGCCGUGCUAUCCGGAAGAAGACCAUCCCGUUGGUUCACACGUCUCAUGUGACAGAGGAUGCUGUUACAUUGGAGGAAAUUGAAAGCGUUGUUGGUUUUGUUAAGGGUAUUGACAAGCUAGAGUUGCCUAAUCAGCUAGUUGCCGUCCUGGCAGACCCGUUGUUGCAAAAGCUCAUGGUUCUGCGACCAAGUAGUGAGUCUGACCAAAGAAUAGCAAAUUGGCUCAACUCUGCCCUUCAAGAUGUUCAGGACGGUGAUGCAGAUGAAGCCACUUUCUUUGAGAUAUUGGAUAUCUUCCGAGACUACGUUGUCUCGACCAAGGCGCGUUUCUAUACAAAAUCCUUUUCCAGUUUCAUGCUGACCACGCUCAGAUUCUCCCCUCGCUCCUACUUGACUUCUUCGCCCGCUUUCUUCCGCUCUGGGACGGUUCUCAACACCGCGACUCAAUACUUGCGAUCUUAUCUUACUCCCCGUUGCUUGACUUUCAAACCUCUCGAGGAAGCGGUAUUUGACAACAUCCCUGGAUCUCAACUAGCCGUCCUUGGCUUGUACAGAAACAUCCUUCACCACUGGACAGUGGUUCUUGAAUCCGCCGAUACCAUACCAGAUUAUGCUAGUGAAGCCGUUGCUGACUUGAUUCGACACGUCAACCCUCUGGCCCUUAGUAUCGCCCAAACAUCUACCUCUGUCUCAGCACGUUCCGCCAUCCUCGACUUUUAUGAGCAGAACUCCCGACUCAUCAGCCACGAAACCUUGAAGUACUAUAUUCGCAUCGAGCUGCCUCCCUCACAUCUGAUAUAUAUACUCUUCUUUAGCAGUUCAGUCGCUAUUAUGUCACGUAUUUGUGCUAUCCUUGCCUCUUAUAAAAAGGGCUUUGAGAUGGCCAUGCUGACGAAACCAAAACGGGAUGGAAGCAAUCGCAUUGACUCCUCAUCCUAUAACCGGGUCUUCGUGAGUCUUUUUAAUGGAUAUCUCAUGGAUAUGUGUAACUGCUUUUGGCGAGGUAAGGCGUUCACCGACAAUGAUCCAAAUGCACAGGGCUGCUUGAUCCCAAGAAGUCUCGUCCCCAGACUGUCUUCAUACAUAACUUCUGUGGAUAAAUCUCUUACUUUGACCUCCCUGUUUUCAUUGUCGUACUCGCCACUCCUAUGCCUGCAGAGCACGCGGUGCAUACAAGAUCUCGAAAAUGCUGAGAUCAACAGCGGUACACCUUUACGUAUCAGGCAUGAAGGACCACCGACACAGAGUAGUCUGGGGCAGCUUGUAGGUUCUGGCGGUAUACGCAUCUCCUGGCAAGAUUAUCGAAUCAAGGCAUUGGAGGAACUCAGCGCAAAGGAGCUUGCUGGUAUCACAGACCUGCUCAAGAACACUAUGACAAUUUUAAGAAAGUUGAUAGACGGUGGAAGCACGAGACCGAAUACGGCGCAGUGA